AGACCACUGAGAAGAGCUGGAUCGCGGAGCAGCAGCCCUACUGCUGCCCUGACUUUUUAAAAGAAAUCUCAAUGAACUAUUUGUAAAGAAUCUCUGAUCCUGCCUGAAAGCUUUUUGCACGGCAAAAAUCGAUCAGUGUUAAGUGAAGAUCACAUUUUAUAUGCGAUCUUGACUUUUUUUUCUGUCUUACAUUAUAUUUUUAUAAAUUUUGUUAUAAACAUGGUGCUGGGAAAGGUUAAGAGUUUGACAAUAAGCUUUGACUGUCUUAAUGACAGCAAUGUCCCUGUGUAUUCUAGUGGGGAUACAGUCUCAGGAAGGGUGAAUUUAGAAGUUACUGGGGAAAUCAGAGUAAAAUCUCUUAAAAUUCAUGCAAGAGGACAUGCGAAAGUACGAUGGACUGAAUCUAGAAACGCCGGCUCCAAUACUGCCUAUACACAGAAUUACACUGAAGAAGUAGAAUAUUUCAACCAUAAAGACAUCUUAAUUGGGCACGAAAGAGAUGAUGAUAAUUCUGAAGAAGGCUUCAACACUAUUCAUUCAGGAAGGCAUGAAUAUGCAUUCAGCUUUGAGCUUCCACAGACACCACUUGCUACCUCAUUCGAAGGCCGACAUGGCAGUGUGCGCUAUUGGGUGAAAGCCGAAUUGCACAGGCCUUGGCUUCUACCAGUAAAAUUAAAGAAGGAAUUUACAGUCUUUGAGCAUAUAGAUAUCAACACUCCUUCAUUACUGUCACCCCAAGCAGGCACAAAAGAAAAGACUCUCUGUUGCUGGUUCUGUACCUCAGGCCCAAUAUCCUUAAGUGCCAAAAUCGAAAGGAAGGGCUAUACCCCAGGUGAAUCAAUUCAGAUAUUUGCUGAGAUUGAGAACUGCUCUUCCCGAAUGGUGGUGCCAAAGGCAGCCAUUUACCAAACACAGGCCUUCUAUGCCAAAGGGAAAAUGAAGGAAGUGAAACAGCUUGUGGCUAACUUGCGUGGGGAAUCUUUAUCAUCUGGAAAAACAGAAACAUGGAAUGGCAAGUUGCUGAAAAUUCCACCAGUUUCUCCCUCUAUUCUUGACUGUAGUAUAAUUCGUGUGGAAUAUUCACUAAUGGUAUAUGUGGAUAUUCCAGGAGCUAUGGAUUUGUUUCUUAAUUUGCCACUUGUCAUCGGUACCAUUCCUCUACAUCCAUUUGGUAGCAGAACCUCAAGUGUAAGCAGUCAGUGUAGCAUGAAUAUGAACUGGCUUGGUUUAUCCCUACCUGAAAGACCUGAAGCACCACCAAGCUAUGCAGAAGUAGUAACAGAGGAACAGAGGCGAAACAAUCUUGCACCAAUGAGUGCUUGUGAUGACUUUGAGAGAGCACUUCAAGGACCACUAUUUGCAUAUAUCCAGGAGUUUCGAUUCUUGCCUCCGCCUCUUUAUUCAGAGAUUGAUCCAAAUCCUGAUCAGUCAACAGAAGAUAGACCAUCAUGUCCCUCCCGUUGAAGAAAUACUUGUUUAAAUCAAGUUGAUGUGAGUUCCGAACUAUAUCUCUUCCUGGCUGAGGACAGAAGCAGUAUCUUGGAGACACGUUUUCAGAGGAAGUGGAAUUGCUUUUGCCCGGAAAAAUGGCAACUACAUGAAACAACCAGCAAUCAUGCUUUAGAAGCCUACAACAACAUUCUGGGACUGCUCCAACAUGCUUGAAGAUCUAAGCUUUUCUCCUUUAAAACUGGCACAUACUAAGAGCAGUCUUCUUAGCCUAUGGUCAUACGUGUUAAAACAUCACGUUGUAAAAGAGGGAUGAUUUCCUUCUUUGACUUGAAAUUUGCACAUGCUCAAUGCUUACAUUGUGCGGUUCGAUGUCACUACAGCUUUUUUUUUUUUUUUUUUUUUUUCCAUUUAUGCCAGACUCUUGAUACUCUUUUAAAACUUGUUUGUGGUCAACACAACAAGGAACAAAAGAAAGCUUUGGAAAACUUUAACAUGAAAAAAACGCACUGACAUUUUUUUUAAUUUAAUAUAGCCUGGACUUUACCUGCGUAUGCACAUGCUCAGAAUUGUCCUACUAGGCUGACCAUGUAUCACCUCUUCAGCUUGGAUCCUAUUGUGGAUUUAUUUACAAACAUCAAAUGCCUUCAAGCCAAUCCUUCUUGCUGUAUGUUUUGCAGCCUACUGUAGUAGAUAACGCAACAGAUACGUGGGAAAAGAGAUAAGAGGAGGAAGCUUAAUAAGAGACUUUGUCAAGAUUGUAUACCUUCUUGAUUUCUUUUAAGAAUUUGUUGCCUUUCUACUAUUACAGCAAAGCAACAUUUUGUUACUGACUGCCUAAAAUCACUUAAUCUCAGGUGAACGCAUCACUUGCCAAACUGUUGGAAUGCUAUUUGUGUUUUGUUGCACUGUUGAGUUUUUUGUUGUUAUUGUUUGGUUCGCUUUUAGAGAGGGAAAUUUGGAAAAGGGACAUACACAAAAGUGAUAACCCACCCACAUUCCCUUUUUAUCAUUAUACACAUGAGAAGAAAUUAGCAGAGCUAAGAAUAAAGAAAGGCAGUAUGGCAGGCACCAGCAGAGUUAAGGGCUGUUGCUCUUAGAAAAUAUUAUUUUUAUUGUUAUUUAAAAAGUAUGAACAUUUAGCAGUCACUAGGGUUAGGAGGGAAAGUGCAUUUAUUUUUAUAGAGAGUUACUUAAUUACCUCCAAAACACAUAUGUUGGAAAUCAGUUUUGCUGGUGGAAAGUGUUUAAAUGAGCAGGAAUUCGCUAAGAUUAUGACUAGAGAGCUCAAGUUAUAUGUUUGCUCUCCUGCUCAAUCUUAACGGAACAUGAGAAGUCUAUGACUUCAAAAUUAAAAAUAGUAGAAUAUGUACUGGGAUAAUAACUUUUGUAUUUUUGUGUUUAUAUUUUUUAAUGAAAAUAUUUUUUUUUCCAUUACCAAAAGAACAUUUACUAGACAUGAGAA